ACUGGCAUUUCCAACUCCCAAUGACGACCUUGUUUUGCCAAGCGGGUAGGAAAAAAGAGACAAAAUCUGAAUCCUAGGUUUUCUUCCUCCUUCAUUCAACCCGUCUAUGUGGCCUCUGGGUGCCCCUCGGCUUGUUUCUGGAGCUCAACUGUGCCCUUAGCCGAGCCGCCAUGAGCUCCUGGCCAAAUUUUUUCCUCCGAUGGCUGGGAAAGGGACAGAAGAAAGGCAAGACUCGGAGCAAGAAGAAACAACGAGUUAUGCAGGUUCAAGAGGACACUUUUGGCCGGGCUACGGUCCGUAGUUUGGGGGGCUUCGCCCUGGGGAUGACCCUCUCUGCAGCCUAUGGGGCCUUGGUUAUUUUUGGCCAAGGCUACAGCAUCUGGUACUGCCUGCUCUCCACCAUCACCCUGGCCAUCGUCCUCGGCCUCGGCAUGGCGUUUUCUUUCAAAGUCCGAGUAACCGUCCUUCUCAUGCUUCCUCAAUUUUUUUCGAAAGAGGGGAAGAUGGUACUGAUACUCCUGGCGUUCGGAAUGGCUAUGGAAGGACCCUUUGCCAACAUCGUCCGGAAUUUCUACCGGAGCGCCGACACCGUCUCGUGCGGGGCCGAGCUGGCUCUCAACCAGACGGCGGAAAUGCUGCAGCGAGCUCGCGAACCUCUGAUCAAUGCCUUAAAGAAAAUCAAAGAUAUUGCCAGAAAAGCCAAAGUGGUUGGAGACCGUGUCCGAAAACUUUUCCGGUCUGUCAUGGAUGCGGUGCGGCAUGUCGCUCACUGUAUGCGCAACGUUUGGUACUUCCUUCUCCACAUGGGCGACGUUUGCAACGAGGAGAUGGGCCGGCCCUAUCAGAAAUGUGUCCGCAUCUUUGACAGCGCCAAGGACCGGUGUGAACGCGCCAUCCCUUUCCUUUCCUUUCUCUGCCACAUUGUCCUUCUCUUCAAGUACCUCUGCGGAUUGGCUAACAUCCUUCUGGUGUUCUGCAUCAUACCGCAGUACAUCGUGCCGUUUCUGCGUCGCAGAGUGGCAGAACCUGUCAUGGCCAUGCUGAAUCGCGUGCGGGCCGAGUUCGAAUUCAACAUCACCACCAUCCACCAGUACGAGGUGAGCAUCAAUGCCAGCAAGAAGCUCUCGGAGGUGGCCUUCGACAUCAUGGAGGAAGUGUCCGAGCGUCUGCAACCGGUGCGGGAAGCGGUGGGACUUUUCGGCUACAUGUCCACUCUGGUCAUGCUCUACAUGUACCUCGGGGCUCUCCUGUACCGAAAACAUUACCUACACGAGGACAGUUUCGACAACAUUUAUAUCACCAAAUCCUUUCUCGAAAUGGACGCCGUUCGGAGGAAAAACAAGCGUCCGUCCGUGCUGCCCUUAUCGCCGAAGGAAAGCACCAAAUACAUCCGGCCAACCUCCCUGGUGUUACCGCGCAAGGAGCAGAUCGCCUACGCACUGGCCCUGGCUCGUAUCUGCCGCCAAUUUAUCUUGGUGAUUUUGCUCAUCGUGGCGGACUUCUCCGUCUACUGGCUGUUCGACUUGGUGCGCUACCAUCUGGUGGGCGAGAUCACCGCGAGAGCUCCAGUGCUGACCACGAUCAGCGUGAACGGCUCUGGCUACACCAGUGAACUGUACCGCGACUUGGUCUCCUCCUUCGACGUGCUUCAGGAGGGGAAUAUCAGCGUGGUGUCCCCAAAAUGCCGCCUGCGCCCAUCGGAGCCCGACUACAACGGUUACCUCGUGAUCGGUCUCAUGUACGGGAUCUGUUUAUUCAGUGCCAUCUUCGGCACCUACAUACAACGUAUGCGGCGAGUUCUUUGCGCGUGGUAUUAUCCGUCACGGGAACGGGAACGGGUUUGCUACCUCUACAAUACGAUUUUGACUCGAAGGACCAAACUUAUGAGCGCUGUGCUUAGGGCUGUACGGCAAAACUCAGCGGAUGAAGGACACCAAAAUAUUUUACUCGUCUUUGCAUCAAAGUUCCGUCUGUGUCGCUGGUUGGUUAAGAUGUUGGGGGUCCACGAAGCGUAUUGCAUGGGUUGCGGGAAGAUCCAGAGAGGGGCGGACGGUGAGGACUUCGUGACGUGCAUCACACCAGCUUGCCGAGGGAUCUACUGCCCUGAAUGUUACAGGAUUCUCAAUAACACCUGCUCCAUCUGUAUGGCCCCCCUCACGUACCAGGGGGACAUAGACGAGGAAAUAGAUUCAAGUGACGAAGAGGCAAUGGUGCUCUGGACGAAUGCAGUCCAUGCGUUGCGCGGAGUCCCGGACGAGAAACGACAGAAGCAACGCCGAUUGUUGAAGACACGGAUCAUGCGGGCGGUGAAAGGAGAAGGAGGGUGUCGCGCGUUACCUGCACAGCUGGCGAGGAAAAUCUUGGCACAAUUGAAAGAGGAGGAAGAGGAGGAGGAGGAGGAAGAGGAAGAGGAAGAGGAAGAGGAAGAGGAGGAAGAAGGUAGUGAAAGCGAGGAAGAGUCAUCCCCCAGUUCAGACGAUGAGAGCAGUACGUCGAGUUCGGACACAAGCCAUCUGGACUUCAGUUACCAAAACGAGGCCGAGAUAAGCAGCGGCGAGGAAUUAGAAGAGGUAAAAACUGACCAAAAACUUCACUCAAAUAAAGCGAGAAAGAGAAUCUGAAAAAAAUGACUUUUCCCAUAAACUGAUCUUCUCGUCUACGUAGAGAAGGUAGAUCUACCUGAUAUUAUUCAAUAGAGUGAUUCAACGAGGCAAAAUAUGGACUUAUUCUCACCCUCCCAAAUCUUCUUUGUGUUCUUGGGGACUUCAAGGAUCUUUUACAAUUCAGAUUUUUGGCAAAAACACAGACGUCGUUGUGAAAAAAAAGCUUUUCGAUCUGUUUUACAGCAUGAA